AUGUAAAUUGAAAGCAUGGAUUUUAAACAAAUCACAAUACUUUCUAUGUUAUUUUUUAGCUUUUCGAUCUAUUCUAUUUCUGAUCACCUAUUAUUUCCUUUCUUCUGGGCAAUAGUAUAAAUGUAAAAUUCUAGCAGUAUAUAAGAUAAUCAUUUUGAAAAUGCUUUGGAAUUUAAUUAUAAAAGAUGGUUGAAAAAAGAAAAUGUAAUAAAAAAUGAUAAUGGUUUUAUUCAUAUUCCUUUUGCAGCUGGACCUAGAAAUUGUAUUGGAUAACAUAUGGCUUUAAUGGAAGCUAAAAUAAUUAUUGCCUUAAUUCUUAGAAACUAUAAAAUUAUAAUCAACCCUCAAGUUUCAUAAAUUAAAUAUGGAGUCAAAUUUUUAUAAUGUGUUGAACCAGAUAAUUGCUUAGUAUUUUAAAAAAGAAUUUGA